GUUCAGUUUGGAGCUCUCACGAGGCAACAGGACACCGUCAAACUGCCACAGCACAGUUUGAUUUUGUGUCCUUCAUUUCCUUGUUGCAACGGCCGCGAACACUCAAGGGAGGCACGAACACACCCUCGGGCAACGGUCACACGGUUUUUCCGCCUUUUUGUUCAUUUGGAUUGAGUGAAGAUGCCGAGAAUUAGUUGGUUUACGUCGCUCGGGAUCAUCCUGCUGGUGUCGCCGACGUUUGGCAUCGAUCUGAGCAGACUCUACGGCCACCUGGAGCCCCCGAUGCAGAAGCGCGGAGAGUCCUGCCAUCCGUACGAGCCCUUCAAGUGUCCUGGCAGCGACCAAUGCAUCUCCAUCCAGUACUUGUGCGACGGAGCGCCGGAUUGUGCAGAUGGAUACGACGAGGACAUGCGACUCUGCACAGCUGCUAAGCGGCCACCUGUGGAGGAGACGGCGUCCUUCCUGCAGAGUCUCCUGGCCAGCCACGGACCCAACUACCUGGAGAAGCUCUUCGGCAGCAAAGCCAGGGACGCCCUGGAGCCACUCGGCGGCACUGAGAAGGUCGCCAUCGCGCUGUCGGAGUCGCAGACCAUCGAGGACUUCGGCGCCGCUCUGCAUCUCAUGAGGUCCGACUUGGAGCACUUGCGAUCGGUGUUCAUGGCCGUGGAGAAUGGUGAUUUGGGCAUGCUGAAAUCACUGGGAAUCAAAGACUCUGAGCUGGGCGAUGUGAAGUUUUUCCUCGAGAAGCUGGUCAACACCGGCUUCCUCGACUGAGUAGCGCCAGAUCCAGCUUCCCCGUUCUACUACGCUGUCCCUAUUAAUCCCCAGUUCUACUCCUACCUCGGUUCCUCCUUCGACGGAUACGUUUACUAAUUUACCCUCACUUAAUCUCUCUCCUACCUUCUUAUCAAUUUCACUCACUCUGCAUCAUUAAUCAAUUCGCCUUUUUCCCAAAUUUGGGGGAGAAUUUCUCCCUCUGCGAGUGAGAAAGCAAAGACGAAGAUGAAGGAGAAAGAAAAACGCUAAAAAAAAACCGCCGACGAGAUUCAUCCUUUGCUGAGGAUUUUGGGCAGAUGAUGAAACUCCGGGGCAACCAAAAAAAAAAAAGAAAGAAGAAGAAGAUCAUUCCCUCCCCUUUUCUUCAAAAAAUUAAUUUUGCGCGUUUUUGGGUUGGAAUGACGGACAAAGAGGAUGAAAUGGUGAUAAUUUCUCGAGAGAUUGGCUGGCCAUUGAGUGGUGCUUUUCGGGAGGAUCAAAAGAAAGAGAAAGAGAGUGGAUAAAGUGACAAAAAACACCCUUUAUCUGGGCACAGUUUGCAAAAAAAAAGGAAAAAACUUAUAUAAAACCAUCGCAAUUCUCAAGCGGUUUUCACGCGCGCGCGCGCGCGACAUCCAAAGGCGACUCUGAAUUCUUCACGAAUGACCUCUUCUGACCACACAAGAAACACACUGACACAUGAGAACAGGUCAUCAUUUGGUGGUGUGACCAAUUCGACUUCCCUUUGCCUGUGUCGCGGCGCCAAGAAGAAACCCAGGAGAAGAAAACAAAUCUAGAGAACAAAAAAAACACACCAAAAAUAGUCAUAAAACAUAGAAAACACUUAGGAAAAUUAGAUUAGAAAUGUGGUUGAUAAGAACAAAAAAAAAAGUGGACAAGAAACGCAAAUUUUAUUUCCCCAAAAAAAAACCUUCUCUUACUAUAAGACGAAAAAAAGAAAUGAAAAAAAUUCUGUCUUUAAAAACUUUCACUUAUAAACUCUUAUAAAAACCUCAUGAAAAAAAUUUGAACAAUUUGACAUGAAAAUCUUCACUCUUUUCAAUUUUUUCCCUUUCAAAAAAAAAAAUUCACGGAAGCGGGAUCGCAAGACAGAAAAGAAAGCAAAGAAAAAAUAUAUUUAACUUCAGAGAUUCUUAACAUAGUAAGUUUUGAGAGAAGAAAAAAUAAAUAAUUGUGUGCUGAUGCUUUUUUCUCUUAGUGUGAAAUUGAAGAGUGACAACUAAGAUUUAAUAAAUUUUAAGCGAGAUUUCAUCACAACAAAAGAUUUCUGCGUAAUUGAUAAAGAAGAAGAAGAAGAAAAAACUUAUAUUGUAAUUCUACUUGUCUUGUGAUAUGUGUCUCUCUUAUAUUCCCCAAGAAUGUCUCUUAACUUACAAGGAAAAACAUAAAAUCCACAGUGUUUGACGAUCUUCCCAAGAUCAAGAUUUUUCCCACCUCAGCCCCGAAAAAUAGACGUUUCAGCCGAGGUUUCUUAAUAAACUCGAUUUAAGCUAAAGAAAAAAAAAUGAGAAAUUAAUUGAUAAAAAAAAUCACAUAAAGAGUUGUGUACCUUAUAAAGAAAGAAAACCAAGAUUUCAAGAAAUCUUAGCACUUAAGAGAUCAAUCGAAAUUUCCUUUUUCAAAGCAACAACAACCAACAAAAAAAACAUCAGCCACAAAUCAAGAUUUCGUUCUUCAACAUGAGAACCAAAAAAAAAAAACUCUUAAGUUCACUGGAUAUAAGAAAUUUUCAAAGAAUAGAAGUUUAAGGUGAAAUUUUAAGAGAAUGAAUCUUAUUAAUUAUAUAAGGAGAAAAAAAGUGAAGAAACACGACAGACUUCGGAUCGAGAUGAAGGUGUAAAAUUUAAGUGAGAAAAAAACAAAGUGAAAUUAUAUAAAAAUGUUGCGAUAUGAAUUUAUUCACGGAUGAAGAAGAGAAAAAAAACCCUUAGAAACUCUUAGAAUAGAAAUUAGAGAGAAAAACUCAAAGUAUUUAAUGAACACAUUAUAAGGAGAUGAAAAAAAGGAGGUCAAUUUUGAUUAUUGUGUAUAUUUGAGAAGAGAAAGAAAGAGAGAGAAAAGGAGAUGCAAAACCAGUAUAUUUAUCUAAUGGAAAUUUACCUGUUUGUGUAAUCGUAGAUUAUUCAAGAAGAAAGGAAGGAAGAAAUGAAACAUAUCUAAUCGCAUAUCUCUUAUUGAACAAGAUAAAGGAUUAAAAAAAAAAAUUGCAUAUCAAAAAAAACAUCUUUACUAUAUUUAUCUAUAUAUUAAAAUAAAGAAAGAAAAAAAACAAGUGAAUUAUAUUAUAUUGUGGAAAAAAGGUGUCUAAGAAAAAAACAAAGUGUUAAUAUAAAUACUGACAUAUCAAUUUUAUCAGGAACUACAAUUGUGAGAAGGUUUAAGAGAGAAGAAGAUGAAAAAAACCCACUGACGCAUUAAGACAUAUCAUGCAGAAGUUGUACGUAAUUUCCUCCUCCCAAGAAAAACCCCCCUUUUUCAACCCCCUUUUUAGCAUUUAAGAAGAAGCAUCUUUUGACCGGCGUUUUGGAGAAAGGAUCGCGCGCAGAGCGAUUGAGACUCGAUUUGUCCUGACCUGUAAUAAAAUCUCUUAAUGUGUGCAAUCGAGUGUCAAUUUCUCAGCAACAAAGAAGAAAAGAGAAUUUUCUCAUCAAACCGAAGAAAUCCCAGCAGAAACUGUGCGACGAAUGAAGAUCAAAAAGACGAUGGAAGACGAUCGGAAAAGUGAACCACAACGAAGGCUUUGGCGUGGAAGAAUUGCAAGGAAUUUUCCCCCUUUUUCCUCCCCUAAAUAAAGAAGAAAAAAAGAACCCUU